AUGCCCAUGAAAGGUUUUGCUGCAAAAGCAGCGGAUACACUGGGCAUCGCAACACUGGCGACAUGCAGCAAGGACAUCUACAUCCUGCUCCUAACACGCUUUAUCCGCAUGACUGCCUACGGCUCUAGCACGCUCAUCUUGGCGCUGUAUUUUCAGCAGCUCAAGUACGCGGACACCCAGAUCGGCCUCUUCAUGACCCUCACUCUGAUUGGCGAUGUCGCCAUCAGUCUCGCUUUGACCCUCGUCGCGGACAGACUUGGACGACGUCGGAUACUAAUCCUUGGAGCAAUGUCGAUGGCACUUUCCGGUAUCGUUUUCGCGACGAUCUCGAAUUACUGGAUCCUGCUUCUGGCGGCAGUCAUUGGUGUUAUCAGUCCCAGUGGCAACGAGAUUGGUCCGUUUCGUGCAAUCGAGGAGAGCACGAUCGCGCACCUCACCGAGAAGGAAAGGAGAUCUGACGUCUUCGCAUGGUAUGUCAUCUUCGGUACCCUCGGAACAGCAGGAGGCUCGCUGGCGUGUGGCUGGUUCGUGCAGAGGUUACAAACGUCAGGCUGGACUGAACUGGAUUCAUUCCGGGUGGUAUUCUGGUACUAUACCGGCUGCGGAGUUGUCAAGGCCGCACUGAGUCUGCUCCUGACAAAGGCAUGCGAGCCAGCGCCUAAGCCACCAGUCUCUCACGAUCCUGCCGAAGCAUCACACGAAAUGCAGCCUUUCCUCGACACAUCAAGCCCGAACCAACCGGCCUCAAAGCCACCGCCGGCGAAGAAGAGUAUUUUAGGACUAUCACCGAAGUCACAGGCUACCUUGGCAAAGCUCUGUAUGCUCUUCUUCUUUGACUCACUAGCUAGCGGCAUGGUCCCGGGGUCUUUGGUGGCCUACUUCAUGAACGGCAAGUUCGCCAUGCCAAAGGGCACGCUGGGCUCGAUCAUGUCCGGUGCAGCUUUCGCCGCCAGCAUCGGCAACAUUUUCGCCUCUGCUAUAUCGAAAAAGAUUGGUUUGGUGCAGACGAUGGUGUUCACUCACUUUCCGAGCGCUGUCUUCCUUGCACUAUUUCCUUUUCCGAGCUCACUGACCGUGACGAUUAUAUUGCUCGUUGCAAGGUCAGUCCUUGGUUCCAUGGACCAGGCUCCCCGAAGCGCCUUCUUGUCGGCCGUUGUCUUGGACGAUGAGAGAACCGCAACAAUGGGUAUAGUGAACACGGUCAAGACAAUGAGCCAGAGUUCUGGCCCGCUGAUCACUGGAGUUCUGGCGGGUCGCGGGCAUUUCUGGGUCGCCUUCGUGAUAGCGGGAGCACUCAAGGGGUCCUACGAUAUCGGCUUACUAACUCUCUUCGUGCGACAUGAGGCAGAGAGCAAGAAAGAUGCUCAGCGUGCUCCGGAAAGCGAGGAUUCAGACGAGGAAAGCGAGGAUGAAGAUGCUCAGCAGGCCCCUGGGAAUGCGGGACGAUAA